GAUAUUUUGAUGUUGUACCCAAAUUUAAAGAAACUCAAAGUACCGAGAGUAGUUCGGGUGUUAAUUCAAAUGAUCCGCCAUUAGUAAAUGAAGAAUUGGAUCAAGUAAUUGCUGAAAGUGAAGCUAAUUUGGCUUAUAAUCUACCUGAACAACAUGAGGAUUUUGAAUCUUUGGAAGCUGAUCCUGGAUUGAGAAAAAAGAAUUGCUGAUUUUCACCCUAAUGUUCAAGACGAGGUACGUCGUAGUUACAUUCAAAAAGGACCGUUUCAACCUCGGGACCAUGAUUUCCCUUUUAAGUUAAUUGGAGGCAAAAAACGUAGAUUUGUUUCAAGUUGGUUUGAUGAGCAUAAAUGGUUGGAAUACAGUAUUGCUAAAGAUGCUGCAUUUUGUUUGCCAUGUUAUUUGUUUAAGAAUGAGUGGGAAGUUGGGGGUGAUCAUUUUGUGGGAAUUGGGUUUUCAGCAUGGAAUAAAAAAGAGAUUUUAUUUACAUGUUGGUAAACCUAACAGUCCUCAUUACAAUGCGGUGAAAAGAUUGGAAGAUUUGAUGAACCAAAAACAAAGUAUUGGAGCAUGUUUUGUGAAACAAUCUGAACAAGCAAAGUCUGAUUACCUUAUUCGCUUGAAGGCAUCACUUGAGUGCACUAGAUUUCUUCUUUGUGGGGGUUUGCCAUUUCGGGGUCAUGACGAAUCAAUAAAGUCUAGUUAUAAAGGUCAUUUUCUUGAGACUUUAGAUCUUUUGAGACAACAUGAUUCUGAGAUAGAUAGAGUCCUAAAAAAUGCUCCACAAAACAAUCAGAUGACUUCACCCAAAAUUCAAAAGGACUUGUGUUAUGCUUGUGCAUUUCUAACUGUUCAUGAAAUUAUUAAGCAAAUGAGAGAUGAUGUUUUUGCUAUAUUAGUUGAUGAAUCAGGGGAUGUUUCUGGUAAAGAACAAAUGGCUAUUGUUGUGCGUUUUAUUGCUAGUAAUGGUUCUGUUUUGGAGAGAUUUAUUGGUCUUGUUCAUGUAAAAGACACAGUUGCAUCACCUCUUAAAGAAUCUCUUGAGAACAUUCUAACACAAUAUGGUCUGUGCAUCUCAAACAUAAGAGGACAAGGCUAUGACGGAGCGAGUAAUAUGCGGGGUAAGUUUGGUGGAUUGAAAACUCUAAUUCAAAAUGAAAAUCCCUAUGCAUAUUAUGUCCAUUGUUUAGCUCAUCAAUUGCAAUUGUCACUUGUUGCCGCUGUUAAAGGACAACAUGAGGUUAAUUGGUUACUUCUUCAUGUUAGUCGCGUAAUUAAUGAGAUCUGCUCAUCAAAUAAGCGACAAAAGUGCCUUCGAGAUAAACAAGCAAGUGAUUUGAUAAGUGCUUUAGAAGUUGGACUAGUAAAAACAGGAAGAGGAUUGAAUCAACAGUUAGCACUUGUCAGAGCAGGUGAUACACGAUGGAGUUCUCAUUACAAAUCAUUGCUUAAUUUGCAAAAAUUAUUUAAAUCUGUGGUUGAGGUGCUCGAAGAUUUGGAAGACCAUGAUAAAAGUGGUGAAGCCACUUCAUUGUUGAAUGAAUUGCAAACUUUUGAAUUUUGUUUCAUGCUUCAUUUGAUGAUCAAUGUUUUGGCCAUUACACAUGAUCUUUCACAGGCAUUGCAAAGGCGUGAACAAGAUCUUGUGAAUGCUUUGAAACUAGUCACAUUUGUCAAACAACGUUUAGCGGCAAUGAAAACAGAUAUUGGAUGGGGUGCUUUGUUUGAUGAGGUUGUUACUUUUUGUAACAAAUUUCAUAUAGAUGUGCCUUCAAUGGAUCAGAACUACAUCAAAGGAAAAAAGAUCGAAGCGCAGGGCACCGAGUAUAACGAACAUGCAUCAUUACAAGUAUGAUUGUUUACAUGAGAUUGUUAAUUUGUUUGUGACUGAGCUUGAUAGCAGGUUUGAUGUGGCAAGCACUGAGUUAUUGCGUUGUGUGUCUUGUUUAUGUCCUUCCUCCUCGUUUGAAGCUUUUGAUAGGGCAUCUUUGCUUAAAUUGGCAGAAUUUUAUCCAAAAGAGUUUUCUGACGUUGAUCAAAAGAUACUCGAGAAUCAGCUUGAGAAUUAUAUUUUAGAUGUCCGUUCUG